CUUGCGGACAAGACGGUCACUUAAGAGAUCGGUUUGUGUCUAGCGUUUUAGAAAUUCUGGAUUCUACCCACUUCAUCAUGGCCCAAAACUGCGACAGUAAAGCACCUGUGUUUAACAAGCCCAAGGUAGAGCUGCACAUUCAUCUUGAUGGGUCCAUUAGACCAGAGACCAUCCUAUACUUUGCAAAGAAGCGAGGAAUAUCUCUCCCAGUGGAUAAUGUGGAGGAUCUCAUUAAUCUUUGUUGUUGUGACAAGCCUUCCAGCCUGACAGAGUUCCUCAGCAAGUUUCAACACUACAUGCCAGUGAUUGCUGGAGACCGUGAAGCUGUGAAAAGGAUUGCCUACGAGCUAGUGGAAACCAAAGCCAAAGAGGGUGUUGUGUAUGUGGAAACCAGGUACAGUCCGCACCUCCUGGCCAACCAGAAUGUGGAACCAAUACCCUGGAACCAUCAGAAAGGUGACCUGACACCAGACGAAGUGGUUCAUCUUGUCAACCAGGGACUGCAGGAUGGAGAGAAGGCCUUCAAUAUUAAAGCCAGGUCCAUUCUCUGCUGCAUGCGUCACAUGCCAAACUGGUCGGAGGAGGUGGUGGAGUUGUGCAAGAAGUACCGCGAUGAAGGAGUAGUGGGUAUCGAUCUGGCUGGAGAUGAGUCUUUGAAUUGUGAAGCUUACCCUGGUCACAGAAGAGCAUAUGAGGAAGCUGUCAGAUGUGGAAUCCAUAGAACUGUUCAUGCAGGAGAGGUCGGUCAGCCAUCAGUUGUGAAAGAAGCUGUGGAGGUUUUAAAAGCAGAAAGAAUUGGACAUGGAUACCACACAAUAGAGGAUGAUUUAUUAUACAAAGAACUGCUGAAACAAAAUAUGCAUUUUGAGACAUGUCCAAUCUCUAGCUAUUUAACUGGUGCAUGUGAUCCAGAUUACACUAAACACCCCAUUAUAAGGUUUAGGAAAGACAAGGCCAAUUAUUCUUUGAACACCGAUGACCCACUGGUUUUCAACUCGAACCUGGAUGCGGAUUACAGAGUAGCAAAAACAUACAUGGGCUUCACGGAGGAAGAGUUUGAGAGAGUGAACAUAAAUUCUGCCAGCUCCAGCUUCCUGCCUGAGAAAGAGAAGAAGGAUCUCCUUAAUCGUUUGUAUGAAGCCUAUGGAAUGGUGAAGUCUUCUGCCUGUUAACCUCAUCCAUGAAGUGCCUUUCAGAUCACUCCAGAAAAGAUUUGACUGUUUUGUAUCUUUUGCUUUCCUUUUCCUCCUUUUUCUAAACUAAUUUUCAACUUAGAGUUUCUUCAAUAUGUACCCAGACAUGUGAAAAUGAACACUGUGCAAUGUGAAAAAAAUAGUAAUUAAGGAAGACGAAGAACAAAGCCUUAAAGGACGGCAGCUGGAUGAAGAUGUCAUGGCACAGCAAGAUCUGGAGGUCACCUGGACCUUUGAUUGUAUUUUAAAAUCUUCAUACCUCAUUAAUAUUCUACUCUCAGCUGCAGAGGCAUUUACCAGAAACAUCUUCCAAAGUUGCCUUCUUUAUACAGUGAAAACCAAAUUGACGACUUAAAAGGUACCAAUGAUGUGCAGCUAGAAAAAAAAAAAACUUGUCACAAGAAAAGGUGCCACUGACUGCAGGGAUCAUCCUACAAAGUCGGCAUCUUUUUCACUCAAAAGACUGACUGCCAAUAAGUAUUAUUCAUCACUGCCGGUCAACCUGCAGUUGCAAAAAAUGCUUCACAGCAGCAAUUGAAGCAGCCAGCCAGUGUUUAAGAAGCAUUUUGUUUCUUUUUUAAAAUUGUCUUAGGUAUUUUUACUAUGUAGGACAUUGUUUGAAUUGUAAUACAAACUCCUGACAUAAAAGGGCGCUUUUAGUGCACCGUGGCAGCACGGGUAUUUAUUUAACAUGCUCAUUUUUUGUGAAAGUUUUACAAUUUUCUGAAAGUCUUAUUUUCAGUACGGCAGGUUUUGCCCUUUCCUGAGGUGGCUCAUAAGCUUGCUGUUCUUAUCAGACUUUUCUAUUUGCAUUAGAGUGUGUCAGGUGCAGCUUGUGUGUUAAAUGGCUUGAUUUUGCUGAAGUAUAUCAUAUGUGUGUGCUUUUAGAUAACUGCCUUCUCUAACAGGUGCUUACUGAACAGGUGUUUAGCAAGUCUUAAUUAUUGCGAUGCUCUGUUCCUAGAAGGAAAGUUAAAAAAA